CCACCAUCGAAUCUGCUAAAACCGAAAACACUUGGAAAAAUAUUUUUCACUCUUCAAGUCAAGUGUUAGUGCAUAAUACCAAAGUUACAUCAAAGUUAACAACAAUAAUUGCAGUCGAGAUUUAAGAAGCACGUGCUCAUGAAAAUAAACGUUUAGUGUCAGAUUCUAGUGCGCGGACAGCUUGUUACAACAUGCCCAGAGCUUUCCUCUUCUCGAAUCGUCGCUAUAAUGAAGAACAAGAAAGAGCAGGUUCAAGUCCAGAACAUGCAGUGAGUUUGGCAGAAACAAGUGACAAUCAAAUGUCGGACAAUAGUUCGGAAUGUCCAGAUGAACUUUAUAACCUGACAAAGUUAGCUGAGGUGGCUGUGGCCACCGGGCAAAUUUUGGAAUCCAGAAGACUGUUAACGCCAUCUAGCACAACGAGUGAUGAACCAGUGCCUUUUACUUAUACACACAAACUUUUUGACAAAUCGUCCAGAGCCUCAAGACCACAUUUACUUAAGACUGAAGAACUAACCCAAACAACAUUCUCCAAAAUCCAAUGCCAAACCGUGCCUAUACCACACAGUACCACGGGCGAUGUUUCGUCCUAUCCAUCUUCAACAUCCGAUGGCAACGAUCACGAGUGUGGUGAGUGCGGUAAAAGGUACAGCACAUCAAGUAACCUGGCUCGUCAUCGACAAACUCACCGCAGCCCUGCCGAUAAAAAAGCCAGAAGAUGCCCACAUUGCGACAAACUUUACGUAAGCAUGCCAGCCUUCUCGAUGCACGUACGCACUCACAAUCAGGGGUGCAAGUGCCAGUAUUGCGGGAAGUGUUUCAGUAGGCCCUGGCUACUUCAAGGACACAUCAGAACACAUACAGGAGAAAAACCGUUUAAAUGCUCGAUUUGCAACAAAGCCUUCGCAGAUAAGUCCAACCUCCGGGCCCACAUUCAAACCCACUCCAACACCAAGCCCCACUUAUGUGGACGUUGUGGAAAGGCGUUCGCCUUAAAAUCAUAUCUGUACAAGCACGAGGAAUCUUCUUGUAUGAGAAUGAACGGAGGAAGACACUCUUCAUCAUCUAGGGAGGCUACCCCAGAUAAAAUAGCUUCUCCAACCCCCGUCAUAGUUUCUGUGGGCUCUAGAUUGGGAGAUAGUGUUAUUAAAGGACCUGACUCGACUGUAAGGGCUCCUAUGUUGUACAGAUCCACUGUCAUAUCACCGAAUCCUGAAAGGAUAUUGUACUCUACCAUUAAACAUCCUUCGGUGAUAUUCAAUGCAGCAGCAAGAUUUGCAGGAAACAUCAACCAAAUCUUGCAGGAUCAACCGAUGGACUUCUCAACUUCCCAAAACAACAGAGAAUCUUCGAAUUAUCCAAAAACUUCCGAACGGUAUUCCUUAAAUCUUGCAAUCGCAGUUUAAUAUCAGAAAUCCAAGUGAUUUUCAAAAAGGGACCACACAAAUUCCACAUUUUAUUAUUAAAAAUACACUAACAAAAUUACCACAAUUAUUAAAUAAUAAGAAUUUAUGAAUUAUAAAUUUAUUAUAGUUGUAAUCAAAAAAGUAUUUAUGGGUAGUUCUACAAACUAGGGACGAAAAUGAGUCUGAUUUUGGUCCGACAUUUUUUGUAUAUUCUAGUUGAUAAAUUUAGCCUAUGAUCAGGAAUAAACAUUUUUUAUCCUAUGGUAAGUGGAUCGGUCGAAAUAUUUAUGGACAUUAACAAAAAAUCGCCAGGAAACUGAAAAUAAAAUGAACUGAAAUCAAAGCAUAGAUAGAUGUAAUUUAGUCAAUGUUAAACAAUACUAAAAAAAAUAGAUCAAUUUUGUAAUCUAUACUUAAUCUUCAAAUAAGGUGAGAAUUCUAAUUCAGAUAUCACAAUUGAUUUUCAGAAACUUGUAACUUAGAAAGUAGCAAAUGUAUUUUAGUAUUAGUAGAUAUAAUUCGGAAUUAUCCUGCAGCAGCAAUUUUGUCAGGAACUGUAUAGAGGG